UCACCCAAAUAAGUUUGGUGUACCAAGCAGAAGCAGAAGUGCACAAGUUACAUGUCGUUAUAUCAUUUUUCACACCCAGGCUUCAGCGAGAGCUGCAGUUCUGAGUUUUAUCUUAUGUCUCCACUUUUACCAGCAGGAAGCUCCAUUUAACAACACAGAGAUUGUUUCAGGAGUCUGUUGCUCAUCCCCCUGCAGCCCCGUCGCUUUAAUUAAACCAGGGCCUUAUCAGCUGGUGGUAAAUGAAAUCAGGGGAAUCUACAGUUGGAUUGGUUACUUUGCCGUCACAGAUGCUAUCUUCACUCUGACUGGAGGAAACCUGGACAUGUUCUUUGUUGAUGUUAAUGAAAUGUGACUCAACCAGGGUGCACAUAGCCUGCUAAUCAGCCCUAAUCGGAUCCACUGGAUUACAGGAUGGGAAUCUAAGACCCUGCUUACUCUGCUUGUGUGCCUCCUUCCUUCCAGCACUAAACCACCUUUCUGCUCAUCUUCACCUUUCAUUAUUAGACCAUUAUCGGUUUGCUGUAACAUUAUAUAUUUAUAUAUUUUUUGGUUUUUAAGUUUCUGAUGGGUAACAUUUUUCUGGACAUUAAACUUCUGCACUUAUCAGGCGGUUCCUGGAUCUGUAUUCUGCUGUCAUCAUCAUAAUCUGGGUUUUUCCACCCGUGAGAUUAUCAUGGCUCUGAAGCGGUCCGGUCUGUAGCUGUCCAGCGCUCCGCGAGCCUCUUUUCUGUUUCACUUUGAAUCUGUUGGAUAGCCGGAGCUGAAAAUGCUGAACCAGAGCGCUGUUAUGAUCUUCACCGGCAUCUGUGGGGCCAUGGUGGUGCUGGCCAUGGCCUAUUAUGUCUAUUGGUCGGUGGUGUUGGCUGACGGGCCGUGUAAACGCGGCUUGUGAAGGAGCUCCGCUGUGUGUUUAAAGAGGAGCCCUCCUAGCCCUCCAGGCUCCUCGGCCAUGGCUCUGCUGGCCUACCUGAAGAGCCUGUUCGUCCUGCAGCUGCUGAUGGGUUUUGUGUUUGUGGUGAGCGGCCUCAUCAUCAACUUCAUUCAGCUGUGCACCUGCAUCCUCUGGCCAAUCAACAAGCAGCUCUACCGCAGAAUCAACUGCCGGCUCUCCUACUCCCUCUGGAGUCAGCUGGUGAUGAUGCUGGAGUGGUGGUCAGGAACAGACUGCACUCUUUACACCGACCAGGCCACAGUGGACAAGUUUGGCAAAGAGCACGCCAUCAUCAUCCUCAACCACAACUUUGAGAUCGACUUCCUGUGUGGCUGGACCAUGUGUGAAAGAUACGGAGUCUUAGGGAGUUCAAAAGUGCUGGCCAAACACGAGCUGCUGAAGGUCCCUCUGAUCGGCUGGACCUGGUACUUCCUAGAAAUCGUUUUCUGUAAAAGGAAGUGGGAGGAAGACCGGGACACAGUGUUUGCUGGCUUGGACAGACUCAAAGAUUAUCCUGAAUAUAUGUGGUUUCUGCUGUACUGUGAAGGGACCCGCUUUACAGAGAAGAAGCACCAAAUCAGUAUGCAGGUUGCGGAGAGUAAAGGCCUACCAAAGCUCAAGUAUCACCUGUUACCCCGAACCAAAGGAUUCACCACCACACUGCAGCGUCUGAAGGGCACAGUAACGGCGGUGUACGAUGUGACUCUGAACUUCAAAGACAAGCAGACGCCCACUCUCCUGGGCAUCAUCAAUGGCAAGAAGUACAAAGCGGACAUGUGUGUUAAGCGGUUUUCCGUGGAUGAGAUCCCAGAAGACGAGCAGGAGUGUGCCGGCUGGCUGCACAGGCUCUACCAGGAGAAGGACGCCUUACAGGAACAGUACAACAAAGAGGGCAAGUUCCCUGGACCCACGAUCAUCCCGCCUCGCCGUCCCUGGACGUUGCUCAACUCCCUGUUUUGGGCCACCGUCCUGUUAUCGCCCCUCAUCAAUUUUGCCUGUGGCGUCGUCGUCAGCGGGUCUCCGCUCCUCAUCAUCGGUUUCAUCCUCUUCCUCAUCAUAGCCUCCGUAGCAAUCCGUCGUCUCAUCGGGGUCACAGAGGUGAAGAAAACAGGCUCCAGUUACGGAAACCAGGAGGCCAAGAAACAGAACUAAACUGUGUGUUCGGUCGUUUGUACGGCCGUCCCGCGGCGCCCCCACCCCCUCCCAGCUCUGUUCUCCACCUGUUGGCUCCAUCGGCCAGCCGGGGAGGAGACCCACCUGUGAAAACAUAACUGACACCCGAGUCGGAGAGAGAGACAGAAGGUCUGGGAUCUGAGCUCUCUGGUGUUUUACAGAAUAAGAGAGGGGUGCGAUCUAAUUCUGCAACAUUAGCAUCUUUCUUAUUCCAUCCAGAUCCUGUUAAAAUCCCGUUAAAUCCCAGAAACACGAGAUCAAGCUCCUAAUAUUUCUGAGCGUCAGUUUUCUGUCAGCUGCACUGGCCGACGUUCUGCUGCUGCUUUUAGCUCCGAGCACACGCUAAUUCAUCUUUUUGUUUUUCUUCUCUCUGCCUGCCUCUAGAGACCCCCCCCCCACACACACACACACACACACACAAAUCCCCAGCACGGAGGACAUCUGUGUCCUUUUCCUCGGUGACAGGGACUUGCAAUGGAAAUCGGUGCCUUGAGGCCCAGCCUGGCGUUUCCUUAAUCGGGUCGCUUGACACCAGAUUUACUUCCGCUCCCUAAAUCAGGAAAAAUCUCCUUAAAUGCUCAAAUAUGUCCAAUAAAUGUUUAAGUAUGAACGAAGCGGAGCGUCAUCACUCCUGUGUGACCCCCCCGGUGACCUGAAGCAGGCUGGUGUCUGUUAAAGCUACAGCAAGGGCUCUGAAUGUCAAAACUGUCCUCAUCAAGGACACCUGCCAUCUGUUGCAGGUCUCCCCUAAAGCAUCCAUCUUUACUCUUUCACGGUCUCAUCUCCGUUUUCACCUUCAUACACGCUGGUAGUCUCUCUCUCCAUCCAGACACCUCCGUCCUCCUAAAUGUGACCGUAUUCCAACAAGAAGCCCUUCAGCCUCCUCACGCAGCUCGGUGGAGGGAUUGCCGGGAAAAGGUCGCCGCGUCUCUAUGUAGCCUCAGCUCUGUUAUCAGACUAGGAUUAUGUUUUUAACCUUUGCCUUAAAUCCAGCCUGCCCGGGCAAGGGAACGCUCACUCACCGCCCCCUAGAGGCGACACGCGCCAUGUUUCUUCUCUUCACGUUGCAAUAAAUCACAGAAAGCGAGCAUGCGUCAUCAUCGGGUGGAUUUAUGCGUCACAAGUUAAUCUGGAGAAAACUGAAUCUGUUUUUCUUUUAUAUGUUAAUGAAGAUUAAACGUUUAGAUGGAAAUCGGAGGUUUUGUUGUUGAUGAGUUAGCUUUUGUUUAAUUAAAGGAACUUUGAAUCUUUAAA